AUGGAAGGUCGCGGUUCAUGGAGGAGUACUAAGACUGCUUGUGAACCACUCAUCCCAUACCGCAGAGGUGGCCUGGUAUGUAUCUGCAAUGAGGAUGGUAAUUGGCCAAAUCCCGUAUGCAGGGACGUCUUUAGGAUCCUGCAUGAAAUAGAAGUCACCGGUGUAUCAGUAGCUAAAGGACAGGAAUGCCAUCAAAAUAAGCUGUAUUUGAUCGGCUGCAAUGCUUGUAUUUGCCCUUCUAAUGGACGACUAGAUCCUGAUUUGUGUACUAAAAGGAAAUGUUCUAAGAACGAUCCAGUCUUGAAAUAUGAUGAAGAAUCAGAAUCUCAAGAGACGACGGUUUUCGAGCACGCAGUAGAAGUUUACGCUGACUGUCAGCCCGAAUUGAAAUACAAAUUCGGCUGUCAAAACUGCAAUUGCCUUAGAAACAACAGACUUCUCUGUAGUAGUUGUAUGGAUAUAAAUAGGACAUUCGAGGAUACACAAAAAUCGUUCUGCGAUCACGUAACACCAGGCCAACCCUUUAGCAGGGAUUGCAACUUAUGUUAUUGCGACAAAGAAGGCAUUGCUUAUUGUACAGUCAAAAAUUGUAUCACCCAAAAGGAGUCGGUAGCCGAUAUGAACAUUACUCAUAGUAUUGCGACGAGUAACGAUCAUUUCACCGAAGAGGAUUGUUCACCGGGUUAUGUUUACAGAAAGGAUUGUAACGUAUGUUACUGCGGUGAUAUAAAAGGUAUGAAAUUCUUUGGUUGCACUUUGAAAGACUGCGCAAGGAGAUCGAGCCCCGAAAGUUUUAUCCACAAGGAUUGCGUCAAGGGUACUAUGUAUGAGUUAAACUGCUUGAUAUGCACUUGCAUUGAUGUGAACGGUGUGAAAACACAGUUGUGUCGCGUCAAUCCUUCAUGCAAAGAGAAAAAUAAAGAACGAGAUGAGUAUAGAUCGGACGAUUUAGAUUCUUUGCAUGGGUACUGCGAACCUCUGCGUAUUUAUAGAAACGGCUGUAAUAAUUGCACUUGCUUAUCGGAUGGGAAAACAGUGAAAUGCACUUCUUACAUUUGCAAGAAGACUACAGAUCCUAUUACGGUUGAUAUAGUACCUGUACAUCAAAACGGUCCAGCUUGUCCGAAAGGUUUAUCUUACAAGGUGGACUGUAAUUACUGCUUCUGCUUAUCAAAUGGUAACGCACUUUGUACAACUGCGAAAUGUAACAAGCCAACAAAAGAUAUUUAUAAAGAAAGUUGA